UAAAUAUUCUACUUGAAGAGCUCAAAAGAAGUGAAAAUUUUUUUACUUCCCAACCCAACAAAGUGUUGAGUUCUGCAGAGCAGAUUUGCCACAAUAAUGGCGUCCAAACCUGUAAAUUUUGGAAGUUCUCUAGCUGUACCUAACGUUCAGGAACUGAUGAAGGUGCCCAUCAACACUAUCCCACCACGCUACAUCCGUACCGAUCAAGACCCUCCAAUCAUCUCUGGUGCUGCCACACUCCCUGCAGUCCCUGUAAUUGACUUGCACAAACUGCUGUCAGUAGAAUCCAGUGACUUAGAACGGGCGAGGCUACACUCUGCUUGUCAAGAAUGGGGUUUCUUCCAACUGCUAAACCAUGGAGUUAGCUCUUCACUGGUGGAGAAGACAAAGUUGGAGAUUCAAGAGUUCUUCAAGCUACCAAUCGAAGAGAAAAGGAAGUUUUGGCAGCAACCAGGAGCUUUGGAGGGCUUUGGGCAGGCGUUUGUUGUAUCUGAGGAGCAGAAACUUGACUGGGGAGACAGGUUCUACAUACAGAGCCAUCCAACAUACAUACGGCAGCCCCAUUUAUUUCCCAAACUCCCCAUUCCUUUCAGGUUAUUUCCCUAUGGAUCCGUUUGUGGGAGUAAUGGGAAGAUUUUGGAAAAAUAUCACAUUAGACAAUGGGAAAGGAGUGAUGAGUAUCUUCAAGUGGCUAAGGAUCAUAUUCUCACCUACAAGGGUGUAGCUAAUUUGGGAUUUACUGGACACUAA